AUUAGGAAAAAGGGUGCUAACCCCUGACAACAGAGUAGAGGAAUGGGUUGUGGCGGUGCAUUCUCACUGCAAUUACUAUUAUUAUUUGUGUUUCUAUGGAAGCUCUCAGCCUCCAGUCCAGGUGCCGGUGGGUGUGAUAAGCCUCCGGUGCUGUUUGUGUUCGGAGAUUCUAACUCGGACACGGGUGGACUCGUCUCCGGACUCGGUUUCCCUAUAAAUCUUCCCAAUGGCCGCACUUUUUUUCGCAGAUCCACUGGUCGCUUAUCCGAUGGACGCCUCAUCAUUGACCUACUCUGCCAAAGUUUGAAUGCAAGUUUGUUGACACCAUACUUGGACGCCUUGUCUGGAAUGUCAUUCACAAAUGGAGCAAACUUUGCUGUGGUAGGGUCCUCUACCCUCCCCAAAUAUGUUCCUUUCUCCUUAAAUAUACAGGUCAUGCAGUUCCGGCAUUUCAAAGCUCGUGUCCUUGAACUUGUUACCACAGGUGCAAGAAAUUUGAUCAAUGAUGAAAGCUUCCGGGAUGCACUCUACCUGAUUGAUAUUGGACAAAACGACCUUGCUGAUUCAUUUUCCAAAAAUCUGUCAUAUGCGCUAGUUGUCAAGAAGAUCCCAGCGUUUAUCGCUGAAAUUGAGAGUGCUGUUAAGAGUUUGUAUAAUGAAGGUGCCAGGAAGUUUUGGGUCCACAAUACUGGGCCCUUGGGCUGUCUUCCUAAAAUACUUGCACUGGCUCAGAAGAAAGAUCUGGAUUCAUCUGGGUGUCUCCCUAGUUAUAACACUGCAGCAAGAUUGUUUAAUGAAGCGCUGCUUCAUUUGACUCAGAAACUAAGAACUGAAUUGAAGGAUGCUACAUUAGUCUAUGUUGAUAUUUAUGCCAUUAAGAAUGACCUCAUCACAAAUGCCACAAAAUAUGGUUUCACAAAUCCUUUGACGGUAUGCUGCGGCUAUGGAGGGCCUCCUUACAAUUUUGAUGUGAGGGUAACAUGUGGUCAACCUGGUUAUCAGGUUUGUGAUGAAGGAUCUCGGUAUGUGAGUUGGGAUGGAAUUCAUCAUACUGAGGCUGCAAAUACAUUUAUAGCUUCUAAGAUACUUUCCAUGGCUUAUUCUACACCACGGACACCUUUUGAUUUCUUCUGCCGCCACUGAUUAUGCACGUUGAGUGUGUCAAACAGUUAAUGUACGAUUAGUUCAUUAAUUGAGGUCUUACCCUCUAUGUAGAGUUGUUUCUCCAAGAACAGAGUUUAUCACGUAUUCAAGCACACGCUGAAGCUCUAAAAAAAUUUGAGCCAUGCAAUUGCGCUGUAACUUGCCUUUGUAGUUGGAAAUUGGUUUUUUUUUUGCCAGCUGGGAUGUAUGUUGUAUUAUGUAUAAACAAUUGAUGACACAAAUGAAUGCAUUU